CUAAACGUUAAUUUAUGCGUACCAAUGAUAGGUCGACUACAGUUUCUUCUGCUUUCCAAAUACUUGCGCCCGCACUGAAACGGCAGAACUCGCCAAGAGAUCGGAGAGCAUCUGCAAGUCUUCGCUUCCCCAGAAAAGGCGGCCGGGGAGGAGGAGCCAAGAGCCCGCCUCGCUCAUUUCCCUCUGCAAUCAGGACGGGCGCGCCCUAUUCGCGUAGCUUUCGCGUUGCGCGAACAGGGGCUUGCGAUGCCAGCGAGAGAAGGAGCGCGCAUCUAAGCGGUGCGCGAGCUCGGUGGAGGCGCCCCCAGUUCUGGGCUCUCUUCGCUUCUCUUCGGCAAGCUGGUUGGGACGGACGGCAGCUGGCUUGGCGGCUUCUGGUUUGCGGAGCUUUUUUUAAGGAUGGGUAGAGAGUGAAGCAGGAGCGGCGACGCCAGUUAGCCGGAGGACCGAGUCAGGAUGAUACUAACGCAAAUUGAAGCCAAGGAAGCCUGUGACUGGCUGAAGGCUGCUGGUUUCCCCCAGUAUGCUCAGAUGUUUGCAGAUAUGCAGUUUCCAGUUGACAUGAAAACUGUGAGAAAAGAUCAUGAAUUUUUAGAUCAAGAUGCGAUAGAAUCUCUCUACAGACGGUUAAAUACCUUGAAUAAGUAUGCAGCAAUGAAGGUGGAAAUAAGUAAGCCAAGAAAGCGGAGUGAUGAAUCUGAAGAUGAAGAGCCUUGUGCAAUAAGUGACAAAUGGACUUAUGAGAAAUGUACUGAAAGAUGGUCUCAUCUGGAAAAUAUAGAUGUUUCUUGUCCAUCAGGACCUGAUAACCUGAGACUUAAAAGCAAUGGCAGUGGGGAUAUUAUAUUUUCAGAUCAAGGAGAAAUACAUGACAAAUCUUCAGUUCAUAGUUCUAGCAGUGGGGAUAGUGAUAUAAUCAGUUUUCCCAAAAUUGGUGAGGAUGUUGAGACCAGCAGAAGCUCUUCAACCUGUUCCUCAAAUAAAUUAGCAUCCCCUGACUCUGUUUUCAGUUGUUCCCCUUCUCUUAUUGAAACCUUGAAUAUGACAAGUGAGGACAAGACCUUGGAUAAACUGUGCCAUAAAAAAGGAAACAGUAUCUUAAAGAAAAUGGAGAAGCUGCGCUUAAGAAGUGGCAGUUGUAAGAAAGGGAUGCAUUUGAAGGCCAAAUUCAACAUUAGUGAGCCUACUCUACUAGAGGGAUUGAGUGAAGAAAAGUUGAGAAGCUUAAAUUGCAUAGACAUUUCUGAUGCACCAGCGAGUCGGGUAAUACAGCCUUCUUAUUCCCCCCAGACCUGUAGUAGCAGCAGCAGCCAGUCUGAAAACAGUAGCACUGUGAGCACCCCAAGCCCUGUCAGCAAAGUAAGGAGACACAGUAAAAGAGGAGGAAUGUAUGCCGAAGAGUUUGAUCCCAGCAAGCUUUCCUUAUGGAGUGAUUUUUCUGAGCAAAACUUUAACAGUGAGAUAUGUUUGCACAAGAACAAAGUAUUUCAAGUACCACAAGGCCAUAAGCCAGGGACUUUCCCCAAAGCGCUUACAUAUAGUCUCUUAUCUCCAAUGGACAAUACUUCGGUGAACUGGAGAACCGGGAGUUUUCAUGGAUGCCGGAGAAGCAGGGAUCAGAUUAAUUCUCGGGAGCCUGAAGUGUCAUGUGGCUCUCCUUCACUAAUGGAUAACAGACUGAGUAUAUAUGACAAUGUACCAGAAAAUCAUCUUCACAAAAUGAAUUCACCAGAGACUGAUGAUGAUGAUGUCUUUACAGAACUUGACAGUGUUAUGGAACAUGUUAAUGGACUCAGGAAGUUGGUCAGUCAAUGGACAGAGAAAUUAUCUGAUGAUGGAGACUCUGAUUCUGCAAGUUACUCUAACCAAUCCACUUCUCCAUGCCCAUCAUCUCCUAAAGAAAUCCAUCUUGAAAUUAAAAAGCAUUCAGAAGAAAAAUCACCAGAAUUGCCAAUUAUUGAUGGUGAAGACAGCUGCAAACACAUUGGUGAACAUGGUUUCCUGGAACUGACGUAUGUAAUGGGAUCAGGAACAGGAAUGAUACCAACGCAUUCCAUCAGGCAUAUGAGGAGACCUUGGUCUAGUAGAGAAGGCACAAAUUUUGAAAGUCUUUUUCUACAAAUUGACAGCCAAUCAGCAACUCAUCUGAACCGCAUGCAAAAGCUUGCUUUGUUAAAAUUAACUACUCUAAUGGAUAAAUAUUCUCCUUCUAGCAAACAAGGAUGGAACUGGACUAUUCCAAAAUUCAUUAGAAAAAUAAAAGUCCCUGAUUAUAAGGACAAAAAUGUAUUUGGAGUACCAUUACUGUUAAAUGUUCAAAGAACAAGUCAUCCCCUUCCAAGGAGCAUAUUCCAAGCUAUGGACUACUUAAGACACCAUUUUCUUGACCAGGUUGGUCUUUUCAGAAAAUCUGGUGUUAAAUCCAGGAUCCUUUACUUAAGAGAAAUGAAUGAAAAUAAUCCAAAUAAUAUAAAUUAUGAGGGGCAGUCAGCCUUUGAUGUGGCAGACAUGGUGAAGCAGUAUUUCCGAGAUCUCCCAGAACCGAUAUUCACUAGCAAGCUCUGUGAAACCUUCCUGCACAUCUAUCAAUACCUACCAAAAGAUCAGCAAUUUUGUGCUGUCCAAGCUGCUAUUCUUCUGCUUCCAGAUGAAAAUCGUGAAGCUCUGAAAAUUCUGCUGUACUUCCUCAGGGAUGUUGUGAUGUUUGUGGAGAAAAAUCAGAUGACUCCAACUAAUAUAGCAGUAUGCCUGGCACCAUCUUUAUUCCACCUCAAUACCUUGAGGAGAGAUAGUUCAUCAUCUUCUAGAUCCAGCCAAAGGAAGCACAGUACAGGAAAACCUGACCAGAGGGAUUUGAGUGAGAACUUGGCUGCAACGCAAGGCCUGGCCCAUAUGAUCAUGCAGUGCCACAGGCUAUUUGGGGUACCCAACUACUGCUUUGAACAGGGAUAUGAAAAUGUACAAAACGAAAUUGGCUCAGGUGAAGUAGCUUCACAUCAAGCCAUUUUAAUAAAGUACUCUAACAUAGUGACAUCCCUGGAGCACUUCAUGCAAGACUUACUCAGAGAUGCCAAGGAAAAAUUCAAGAACUGGGUCACUUGUUCCACCUUAGAAGGAGUAGACUCUGCAUAUAAGAAGGUGGAUGAUAACUACCACAUCCGGUUAUGGAAAACUUCUGUUGAAAUUGAUGCUGUUCCUAAAGUUAUUCUACAUCGGAUACUGAUGGAGCAACAUCUGUGGGAUCCAAAUCUUCAACAAACAAACAUUUUGGAGAUUUUAGAUGAUGAAACAGAUAUUUAUCAGUACACGACAGCAAAUAUGUCUCCACUUCCUUCAAGAGAGUAUGUGGUCCUGAGGACUUGGCGGACUGAUCCUCAAAGUGGCACAUGUGUCCUAGCAGCUACCUCAACAGAUAACGAAGGUGCUACUGUGAAUGGAAUCUUGGCUCAAGUCAUACUUUGCCAGUACCUGAUAGAAGUUGUUGUUGGUUCCCAGAAAUCCAAAGUGACACAUGUUUGUCAAAUAGAUACCAGGGGCCGGACCACAGAAUGGUACAAAAGGGCUUUUGGUCAUAUCUGUGCUGCAGACUUGAUAAGGAUUAAAGAUUCUUUCAAAGCAUCUCCUUACUGAAACAAAGCCAAAGACAACAAUUUGAUGUUUCUGGAGAUGAGGGCAAUGCAAUAUGGCUUGAGUUACCAUUUUCAAAACCUAAGCUUAAGCUAGUUAACCUUUUUAAAAUUCUGAUAAACUGAGAAUAUAUAAAGGGAACAAAGAAGAAUUUACAAAUGAAAAUUUCAGUUUAAACAUAUCCUUCAACUGAAUAAUUUACACGUCAUUCUUUUAUAAUGUUUUACCAAGAAAACGGAAUUAUUUUAAUUACUUAAUUUAUUUAAAAGGAACAUCUUUUAAUAUUCUAUUUUAACUAAUGUGUAAAUGAGAUAUAUUUUUAGAUGUUUUAUUGUUUGAAAAUGUGAAAGCAAUAGUAAAAUAUUCUAUCGGCUUAGCAGCUUACAGCCUGCCCAGCUUUUAUGCUGAAUUUUUCUUUUUUUCUUAUUAUAUUAUUAUUAUAUUAGGAAACGAUGCUUGCAUAGGAAGCUAAGCUAAGCUAUGCUACAUUAUAUCUAUUGGUCAAAGAUAUGUGUCUUGAGUAGCCACAAACAUCUACUUGAGGCCUUAUACACACAUUUUUAAUGCAGGAAUUUUUCAAUUUGCUUUAUAAGACACGCUCAAGGCUAUGUUCAAAGCAGAAUAGGCACUUUAAAUUGAACACGUUUACCAUUGUGAAAUAAUCUAUUAAACAGUGAUACAUGGAGCUGCAAAACACGUUCUAGAUUCACAUUCUGUGUUUACUGAGUAUGCUCAGUUUUCAUUUCUUUCUUUGGAGUAUGUUUCUUCUGUACUUAAAAAUGGGGUUAGACAAACCUGAAAAUAAUCUCACUUUUUUAAAAAAAAUCUCUAUGAGUAGCUUUCAUUCACAAUACUGGAUGGAAGAAUUUUGAGUGAGAAAUUGAAUCAGACAAUGACUGGUUUUAUAUACAUGCUAAACCACAGGAUUACUAUGUAUCUGGGUCUGUACAACAUAGCAAAUCAUAUUGUGGCUUAGUGCAGUGUGUGAACCCAAUCCUCAGUAAAGAAUAAAGAAAGAAAAAGAAAAGAACCCAGUUAAUGGCAUAAUUUUAUCCUCUCUACUACUCUUACAUUUUUUACCACUCUACUUCUGCCUAAUUGUGUUUUGUUUUAUCACUCACUUCAGUAUAAUGGAACAUUUUAUCUUUUAGACAUUUUGUGCAGCCCUUUAGGAUUUUUUCUCCAUUUUUGAAAUAACACGGUUACCCCAAGUUUGCUAGUACUUUUUGCAUACGGACUGCAUUUUUGCUUCUAGCUCCACAAGCUUAGAGAGACUCAAAGUAUUAUAUAAUUAGUAUCUUCCUUAAUUGCUAUAAAAUGUGAUAUUGUUUUUCCAGUUACAUAAGCUUGUAAUCCACAAUUCUUAAUCUAUGGAUGGUUGCUAACACACAAGACUUAACCUUACAGUUAACUUAAUAGAAUCAAGGUACUCAAGAUACAUGACUACCCAGCAGGUAUAGCAUAACAAGAGUAAUUCUAAAAAGACUAAUUCAAGUAAGUAUCUGCCCUAUUUUUGGUGACACCGUCACCCCCAUGUGUGCAUCACAGCCUAUCCUAUUCAGGUUAUCCAGUGUUCAUUUUUAUGGCGAAGUUUUCUGCAGCUGAUUGUGGGAGAUUUCAGUACCAAGCUCACUUUGGCUGAUCUUGAAAAAUCUGGUUAGUACUUGGAUGGAAGACAGACAGACUGAGAAACUGAAAAAACCUGGAAGAAGGCAGUGGCAAACUACUGCUGUAUUUUGUAUGUGUUUAUGCAGUUAUUAGUGACUUUGAAUUAUUUUCUGCAGUUUGCCAGUCUAUCUGGAUCCAAGUGUCAUAGCACAUGAUGUUUUUUUAAAACAUUACAUUAAGACAAUUGCUAGUUGCAGCAUUUCACUUGGGUUGUCUAUUUUGUGCUAUAUUUUAUACAUACUGCCAUCCAUCUGGGUUAUUUUUUUAUUAGGAUGUUGUAAAUAUUCAGCUAUCCCUUAAUAAUUCUAUUGUUGAUGUAGAUAUUUAUAUACUAAUGUAAUAACAUAUACAGUACUAUGCUGACCCAUUACAUACAUGCUUCAUAUUAAUGGGAUACUCUACAAGCCCUUCAGUGAAAGAAAUGUGUUUGCUGCAGCUAUUUUUCCUAGCUGUUUCAUCAACGCUUUCAUUAGUAGUAACUGAGUUGCCAGAUGGACUCCUUGGAUUGUGAUAAAAUGUAUCUUCUUUAAAAAAAACAUUUUGUAUUAUACUGCUAGCAUUAUAAAACAAGUUUUUGGUAUUUUUACUGCUGUUUAUGUUUCCAACAACAAAAAACCUCUUGCCACGUGGCAUCAAAUUACAAAUCUUUAGACAUGGAGAAGGGACUUGGUAUUAAUCAAAAUGCUAAUAUUUAGCAGCCAAGUAGCAAUUUUGGUAAUAGAAAGGGGAAGGGGGGAAGAAGGAAGGAAAUAAUAUAUUGAAUAAUAUUGGUACUUCAAGAUUAAUAUGUUGAGUAUGUUGCAGUAUUUUACUUCUGUACCAUCCACUUGUAUUUGUCAAAAUAAUUUUAGUAAAAAAUUGUUAACAUUCUUGAGUUAUUGACAAUGCACCUUUAAUAAAAAGGUGAAGCACUCCAUCACUUCAUUAUUGAUAUGUGUGGCACAGGUAAAUUUCUUCCUAUUCUAUAACACUAUGUUUUCAAUCACUGAAAUGUACAACUUGAUAAACUAUCUAAGGAAGCUACAGGAUCCCCUGGUAGUUAGGAAAAUCUUUUUCAUUUAGAGUUGCAUAAAGCCUCUGACUCAAAUAUUCCAUUUUACUGAGUUCAAUCAAACAUCCCAAAUCUUAAAAGAAUCUCGUUCUUGCUUACAAAGCUUCCCUUCUUAAAUUGUAUGUGAACUUUAAAUUUAGGCAAAUUUCAAAAUGUGAAUUGAUCCUCUUUGCAUAUAGUUUUUAUAACUGAAAAAAAAAUAAUAUCUUGCUGAAAUGCAAUGGCAAGCACUUUUAGCAUGGAAAG